GAGCAAUCAGGGCAGAGGUGAUGACGUACUGGCGCGGAAGAGCACUUCAUAUUGCACUUACGUUCGGGCAUUUGCACAUUGUUGAGAAGUUAGUGCAACUCAUGUCACCGGAGGAUCUUGAGCUGGCAACUGAUUCAAACACAGUGUUGUGUUCUGCUGUUUUAAAUAAGGACGAGAAUUUUAACAUUUGAGCUGCAAAAUGCAUCGUCGCAAAACAUGAUAGGUUGCUCACUCUUCCAACCCCAUAUUAUUGGAUUCCGGUGACAUGGGCUGUUGAAUUGGGCCACAAUGAACUGGCUCGCUAUUUGUAUUCUGUCACACCAUUUCAUGUGUUGCGCCCUGAAAAUGGCAAAUAUGGCGCUGAUCUUCUCGUCAGGUGCUACUAUUCCAAGAUGUUUGAUGUGGCUGUGGACUUGUUGAGGCGUUGUCCAAGAUUAGCAAUGCGUAAUCAGGGUCAGGGAGCUGGGGAUAACUUAUUGUUGACGUUAGCAAAAGCACCUUCCUCGUCACUAGAUCAAAUACAGUUACCAUCUUGGAAAAGAUGGUUGUAUGAAAGGAUCCACGUGCACCUAGCCCAUGAAUUUGCCCUAGAUGAAGUUGUUAAUCUCGUUGCGGAAGUUAAUGACAGCAUCAGAGAUAAUUAUGCAAGGAGUGCUGGUAGUGAUGUGACUCUGGACUUGGUGAGGGAUUGGACAAAAUUAGCAAUGCGUGAUCAGGGAGCUGGGGAUAAAAGCCAAUUCCCAUCUUGGAAAAGAUGGUUGUAUGAAAGGUUACUGCUCGGAUUGGUUGGGAAUAUCGACAAUUUAUUAGGAAUUAAGAAAAUACGCGAAGCAAAGUUAGGUCACCAACAAUAUCUUGCACUCUUACGUGCUACAUGUAGAGGAGUGACUCCUUUAAAUGAUAAAGAAAUACAAGAAAGUGGAAUAAGGAAUGCGAUAUUUGAGGCAGCAAAACGAGGGAACGCUGUAUUCAUUGUGGAAGCAUUAAAGGUGCACUUUACACUUUAUGCGAUCCAUGAUGAAAAAAGGAGGCGCAUAUUUUCCCUCGCUGUGGAGUAUCGUCAAGCAAACGUUUACAAUCUUCCAAUACAACUUAGUCCGAUUCCUGGGGCCCUUUUACAGAUGCAAAGAGAAUUGCAGUGGUUUAAGGAAGUGGAGAGUAUCACAACACCUAUGAUAAGAGAACGUUUAAACGAUAACAAUUUGACACCCAGAGCAUUGUUCACAGAACAACAUACCAAUUUGGUGAAAGAAGGUGAGAAAUGGACCAAAGAAACAGCUAGUUCUUGCGGUGUUGUAGCAGCUCUUGUAGCUACCAUCACUUUUGCUGCUGCUUUCACUGUUCCCGGUGGCAAUGACCAAAGCAAGGGAUAUCCAAUUUUCUUGCAUAAAAAGCUAUUUCUAUUGUUUAUAAUAUCAGAUGCAGUGUCACUCUUCUCUUCCACAACUUCACUGCUUAUGUUUCUGGGUCUCCUCACUUCUCGCUAUGCAGAGGAUGAUUUUCUCAACUCACUGCCUACAAAGCUGAUGAUAGGCCUUUCCACCAUGUUCAUCUCUCUUGCAACCAUGAUGGCUGCGUUUUGUGCUUCUCUUUUCCUUAUGCUCCAAAAUCGAUCAUGGAUCGUCAUUCCUGUGACUCUGCUUGCCUCUGUUCCGGUUACUUUAUAUAUUUGGUUGCAAUUUCCAUUGCUUGUUCUGAUCUUUAAGUCAACCUAUGCACCAGGCAUCUUUGAUAGAAAUAUUAAGCCUUGGCUUUGAGAUUAAUAAACUAAAAGCUAGCUAAGUAGCCAGUGUGGUGUUCAACUUUGAUGAAUUCUUAUUGUGUUUGAACAUUUCAAUCUAAUCAUCAUUUGGUUUA